AUGACGCAACUGACGGUCCUGAGUCAGGCUGCGGCACCAGUGGGAAAACUGUCCGAUGGGCAAUCCACAAGGAUCCGUACGGCCAUUCCGAUCAUAGCAGAGAAGGAAGGCAGGACUGCGGAGGUGGUGGAACUCGACUCAUCACCGACUAAGCCGACAAAGAAGGUGGACUAUUUGGUCGUGUUGGAUCACGUGGCCAGGCUUGGAACUAAGCAAUUCCAGGGUAGUUCUGACCCGAUUGAGGCGGAUGAGUGGAGAAACCGCCUAGUCCGAAAUUUUCGAUCCACAAGAUGCCCGGAAGAUUACAAGAAGGACAUUGCGGUCCAUUUUCUUGAAGGUGAUACACACAAUUGGUGGGUAUCAGUGGAAAAACGCUCAGGAGGAAUUGAUACUUUUGCCGAGUUCGAGGAGGAGUUCAACCAAAAGUACUUUCCUUCGGAAGCUAGGGAUAGACUCGAACAGCAAUUCCUGGAAUUAACACAAAGAAACCGGACUGUCCGGGAGUACAAGGUGGAAUUCAACUGUCUGCGAUGGUGUGUUGGAGGGGAAUUGGUGAAGGAGGAUACACAGAUCCAGCGUUUUCUCCGCGGCUUAAGAGGAGAACUCCGAACCCAUUGCUCCUCACGCACCUUCAGAUCGGUUGCGGAAUUAGUGGAACGGGCUGCGGCUGUUGAGUCCAGCAUUGAAGAGGAAAAUAAAAAAAGAGCCCCGACACGUCCCAACCUGGCAAGUAAGAUCGUGGAUAACAGGAAACGGAAAUGGGAUCAGGUCGGUGAAGGCGGUCAAGCCUCGGCUAAACAAAGGGAAUGUGCGACUUGCGGAAAGAAGCACGGGGGUACAUGCUGGAAAAUGGUUGGAGCAUGUACCAAGUGCGGAAGCAAGGACCACACGGUUCAAAGCUGUCCGCGGAUUGAGCAAGGGCAGCUCAAGGUUAAAAACGAGGAAAGAUCCUGUUUCUAUUGCGGAAAGGCCGGACAUUUCAAGAAGGAAUGUCCUAAGCUGCAAGCUGAGAUACGGAUGGAACAAAGAGGAAACCGUAGCAGGGACACACAGCAAGUUAAGAGACAGGCUGUGGCACCCCGGGUGUACGAGUUGUCCAAGGAAAUUGAUGAGGCCGGAAGUUACAAUGAGAUCACUGGGACCCUAGAGAUAGGCGGUGUGUCAACACACGUCUUAUUUGAUACCGGAGCUACACAUAGUUUUGUGAGCCCGGAAAUGAUAGGAAAAGGUAGGUUCUGUAGAGAACCUGGGAAAGACUAUGGGAUAGUCAAUGCCGCACGUGGUCAGGUCAUGUUCUCGCAGGAAACAGUCCAGGACAUCUCAUUAAUGAUCGGGGGUGUGAACCUACCGGCGGACCUGGUCAUAGUCCGACUCAAGCAUCACGAAGUGAUAUUGGGAAUGGACUGGCUGGGAAAACAUAAAGCAACGCUAGACUGUUACCGGGGACGGGUGCGGUUCUAG